GACUAACGUUACAGCCUUUUUGUUUGUGUGAUUCAGUCAGUUCAUCUGAAAGUUUGAGAGUUGACUAUUUUAAUCAAUAAUCAGUAUAGUGACAGUUUUGUGAUAUAUUUAAGCUACUAAUUACAAAACAACAAUGUUGGCCUUAAUAAAUCGUAUCUUAGACUGGUUUAAAAGUUUAUUUUGGAAAGAAGAAAUGGAACUGACAUUAGUUGGAUUACAAUGCUCAGGCAAAACCACUUUUGUUAAUGUCAUUGCUUCGGGCCAGUUCAGCCAAGAUAUGAUUCCCACAGUCGGUUUCAACAUGAGAAGAGUCACCAAAGGAAACGUCACCAUCAAAGUGUGGGAUAUAGGCGGCCAACCUAGGUUUAGGUCGAUGUGGGAGAGAUAUUGUCGGGGUGUCAAUGCAAUUGUCUACAUGGUGGAUGCAGCUGACCAUGAGAAGCUAGAAGCGUCGAGAAACGAGCUGCAUAACCUGCUAGACAAGCCGCAGUUGAUGGGUAUCCCGGUCCUGGUCCUGGGCAACAAGCGGGACCUUCCCAACGCUCUGGACGAGAAGGAGCUUAUCGACAGGAUGAAUCUGUGUGCAAUUCAAGAUCGAGAAAUCUGUUGUUAUUCAAUCUCGUGUAAAGAGAAAGACAACAUUGACAUUACGCUGCAGUGGCUGAUCGCGCACUCCAAGUCUGGCUCUCGUUAACUCUAACACCCCCUCCACCACUUGCUCCACUCCUAUCAUUUUAUACUAUUGUAAAAUAAAAUUACUUUACCUUAUUUAUUGGUUGUAAAUUCUACUGUUAUGUAUUGUUUGUAUUUUUUGUAACAUGUAUUACAGAUUUAUAUAAGUUAAAUAUAUGUUUUUAUAUAUAUUUUACUUUUAGUGGCUGUUGUACACACCAUUAAUUUUAAGGCUUUGGCGUAAGUGUGCAUGAGUUUUAUUAUUUAGAAUGAUUCGUUUAGACAGGAGACUGAACUAUGUUUUACAAUUCGAGGGCCAAUUUAGAUAAGCUUGAGUUUUGUUUUUGUAUAAGAAUGUCGUCAGGACUUGGGCAGUCAGAUAAUUCUAAGUUCCUGACUCUAGCUAUGUUGUUAAUUUUUAUCUUUAUCAAAAUUAUAAUAAAUACUUAGCCAAUACUUAAA